AUGGCUAAGCUGGUGCUACAAUCGAUCGGCCAACUACGAUUGGUCUUCGACGCAUCAGAUUCUCAAUCCAAACUUCUGGUCUACAAUUGGGAGUACUCGACGACAUAUCUCGCCAUGGAAGUCAUACAAACGCCCAUUGCGCGAAUUGGCAGAGCGCACCAGAAUCACUCGCAAAACAACGCCUCAUUUGAACGUUUCGUAGCGUACGUUGCACGGUUGCAUCAAGCUCGAUCGUGGUACUACGGAGGCAUUGCUGGAGCGUCUCUAGCACAUAAAGUCGUCCGAACUUUACUAUGGGACUUGUUAGCGGAAGAUACCUUGCUUUUUCAAGCUGCCAUCUUCGUCUCUGGAACAUUCAGUAAUACCUGCGGUAUCCCCAAGGAACAACUGGUUCACAUGGCGCCUGCUCUGGCAGUGAUGCGAGGGAGUUCCAUGAGAGCGUUGAGAGAAGCAGCCUUCACCACGGAGCAAACGAGCUACAAAACUGCUGCCAUAGCUCUUCUAGCCGGGUGGGAGAAGAGAUUCGGAGAUACGGAGAGCGCCGAUGUGCACAUGCAAGCCUGGCGUGCACUUCCUCUUCCCGAGCACGCGCUGGACGAAGAAUACGUCUUGGCGUUACUCGAUGUGACGUUCCAAGUCUUCCAGGACAGUCUCAUCGAGCACGUAGCCUUUGAGGACGACGAGAACGAGACUCCCUCCUCCUCCUCCUCAUCCUUCCUAGCUCCUCCCAUCCGCGAAGCCUCACCAACCCUCCCAGCAGGUUUCUCAGGCUACUUCCACCCGUGGCCAGAAUCCCAAAGUCUCCGCGCGCUCCUCUCUCAACUCACACAAUAUAAUUUCACAACCCCCACCUCCGUCUCCCAAAUCCGACAACUCUGCAUAGAAUUUCUCGCCUGGUCACCCUCCCAUUCCCAAAAUCUGACUCCUGUCCCCGAAUACGAAUCCCAAUUCCACCCUCUCGAGCUCAAAAUUCUCUAUCACAUUCGAGCUGCCUGCGUCUCCAUUUCCGCAAUGUACUUGCGCUUGGCGUCCGAUUAUCAUCACGUCCAAUGGAUCGCCGACGUCGAAGAAGCUCAUUAUGGUCUCGAUGGAUCAUGUGUGUAG